GUCAAACAUUGCUCGCCAAUAAACAGCAAACCAAUCGCAAUUACAGUUGCAGUUAAUAACGCUGGCAGAGUUCUGGCUUAUUCUGUUUCUAGGACGCAUAUUGAUUAGCUAGUUGAAGAAAUAGAAAAAAAUCAUACUGAUUUGCAAAGUGAAUUUUUAGCAAUAUCGUCGUCGUUUUGAUCAAAUAUGCCUAAACAAUAUGCAAGUGGAUUCCAGAUUAAAUGGAUGAUUACACAUUUUUCUAUAGCUAUGCAGAAGACUGAAAUAAUGUUCAGGAGUCCACCUAUUGUUGUCGAUGUUUUAGGUGGAGUUAAGUGGUACCUUUCUCUUCAUCUACGAGACAUAGAAGUUGCUGAAUAUAUAGGUGUAUAUCUGACAAGAGAUGAUGAUCUGGUGGGUAUUCAAGUACCUAUAAAAUUCACAAUAGAAUUGCAAACAGCAGAUAUGUCGCUUCGAGAACGAAGAGAAAGCCUCGAAUCAGUUUUUGAAAGAAACACAACUUGGGGCUUUGAUAGAUGCAUCAAACGAAGUUUCUUGUUAGAACAUAUGAAUUCAACGCUCUUGCCUGAUAAUAACCUCCUGAUAUACUGUAAAAUUGAGCGAGCCGGGUUUACUGAUUAUAUUCCCGAAACAAUCAUGAAUACGAAUAAAUUGGAAUUCAUUUGGUCUAUUCGGCCUUGGAGUAAGUUCAGCUAUCUAUGUGAUGUCUACUCAAAAGUGAACUUCAUUCGGGAAUGCAAAACUUCUUUCUGUGUGUUUAUUUGCACAAAAGAUGUUUCUGACCAAAAUAUGAUUCUAAAAGUGACGGAAGAAGGCCCUAAAAGGAAUUUCUUAAUAUGCCGCAUGUCCAUUUUGGAUACAAAAGGCUGUGAGGUGCUUCUUCGUGAGACCCGGCACCAAUUCUCCAAAGAAUCGGAUACUACAUUUGCUAAUCUUUUCCCCGAAGAAAAAAUAUAUAAUUCAUAUUUGAAAGAUGACACCUUGACCUUAAGAUGCAAUCUUAGUGUGGCCGCUACCAACAUCCAUCAGACAAAACAUGCAUCACCCGAUGAUCAAAGUAAAGAAGAAAAAGUGAUACAGGAGUGCUUCGAGCAUAUGUAUAAGCAUAGCAUUUUGUGUGAUGUGAAAGCAAGGGCGGGCAGCAAAAUAGUUAUUUGCCAUAAGUAUGUUCUUUGCAAGAGAUCCCUAGUUCUGAAAAACAAAUUGACCCGAUCGGAACAAAUAUCUGAAGGCUAUGUUGUAAUUGACUUCGAUGAUUUAGACGGCAAUACAUUGCAACAAAUGAUAGAUUUCAUAUAUUCUGACGAACUAAGCGACCUAGAUUAUGCUAGUUCAAUGAAAUUGUUUACAGCUGGUCAUAAGUAUCAAAUAAAGUGUCUCGAAGAAAAAUGUUCAUCGUAUCUGAGAACAUUUUUCAGCUUUCAGAACAUUUUCGAUAUCUUAAUCGCAGCUCAAAAGCACAAAGAUAGAGAUUUGAAGCGAUGUGCUAUCAUUUAUAUUAAUACGUAUUUUUCUCGCAUAUGUUUAACUGCUGAAUGGGAACAAUUUAGAACAACGAAAAAGAAGAUGGCAGUAAAAAUAUAUAAACUAAUUCAAAGAUCGAAAGGGAUCUAAUUUUAUUCAUAUUCCCGUCACUGCUGCCGUCGAAAUAAUCAUGCAUUCAGCUUAGCAAGAAAUUCGUGAAUAUAGGGCUUAAGGAAGUUAUAUCAAGUCAUGCAUUUCUAAAAUACAUUUUUUACGCAUCGAUACAAAUUUAGAUUCAAGUAACUAAAAGGAAUUCUUCGAUUUCAUGAAAUUAUGAAAGUGCUUUUAAAAUUUAUACAGAACUAUUCAUUUUUAAUGGA